AUGGUGUGCGAUACCAGCUACAACGCCAGCGUCCUGGCGGACCUGGAGCUGGUUGUCGUGGUGGUAGACUGCAGUUUCACAGCGCUUGUGUCCGGAGAUCCCUCGGUUGUGCGGAUUUUCAACUUGGUUCGGUCACGUCAUGACUCGAGCGAUCUGUACUUGGUCACCAUCUCGUUUUCGGUGCAAGACUACGAGAUUCCAGAUCAAAACAAGAACGGCCCAGCUCUAUUAGGCAUGCUCUCAGUGGUCAAUGACAUGCGUGCAGACACUAUAGAACAGCUUUAUAUGGUCGCGCCGACGUAUCCAUUCCAGCGAUCUCUCGAAUUCGAGAUCUACGAUUUUGUAGGUCUAACCAACGACAGCCAUCUAGAGCUACGAAGUAUCCCACUAGACCCUCUCUCCCAACCCGUAUCUACUCUAUUCACGUCUCGGAAUCGAGGCUUCUACGAUGGUGCAGUCCAGUCGAACACUCACUCCAUGUACUCGCUGCUAGAUACCGCAGAUACCAAGACUAUGUUGACACACUGGGACUGGUCUGGGGAGACUAUUAUCGCUGAUUCCUGGGCGUGGGUGCACGGGAUUCACCUUGUUUUCGGGAUGCAGACCGUCUAUUCCCUCCUUUUACUGCUCCUCGUGACGUAUCAGAACAUCCGCACUGGGAAAAUCUGGAUUGGAGCGCCAUUUGCAGCAGUGUCGACUACAACUCUGGUCUCUCGUGGGUUUCUAGUGAUGAUCUCGUGGUAUGUGAACUCGUUCUGGACUUUGUACGAGUUUGCGCUGUCGAAUGCUGCAAAGUUAUCCGGACAUGAAAUUGUCCACGUCCACAAAGAGCUCGUUCACGCUGACGUCCUCGUCGUUUACCUGGGUAUUGUAGCGUUUCUAAGCUGGAUUAUUCGUGAACGGAUUGAUCCUGCUAUUGCAAUAUUUCUGUUUGAAAUCAUUCACAAGCACAGACUCAGCUUCAUCAAGAUAUCGCCGCCCAUUCUAAACAAGAUUAUAACGUACUCGGACAGCGUCUUUCAGCUCGAUUCUUAA